AACGAAACAGUGUAACAUCCAGCGGAAGUAAACAACACAGGAGCUAGUCACGUCAGCUGAUUGGUGUCCUGUGCUUGGAAGAAGUCCCUCAGCAGGACAAUGAUACAUCUUACAUGUAAUUAAGCAAUAAUGUCUGCAGUUCAGUAUUUGAGAGAGUUCAUCAACGAGCGACUAACUGCUGCUGCUGAAGAAAUAUUCCGAGUUUUUCAAAAAACUAUCGUUGAGUACGAGGAAGAGAUCAAUCGUCAGCGCAGACUGCUGGAUAUCGUUUGGAAACCAGAAAUAAAGUUACACAGAAUAGAGCUCCCACAGCAUCAUGUCUGUAAGGUGGAGAAGGUUCUCGCUGACCAGCAGCUCUGUAACCAGGAGAGGAAAUCCAGUGUGGACCAAGAGGACCGAGAGCCUCCACAGAUUAAAGAGGAACAGGAGGAACCGUACACCAGUCUGGAGGGAGAACAGCUGGUACUGAAGCAGGAGACUGGAACCUUCAUGUUGACUGCUACUUGUGAGGAAAGUGACAACGGUGAAGAUCAGAUUCUGGACUUGAGUCCUGUUGAAACUCAGAGUGCAGCAGAGAAAGAGCAUGUUGUCAGCAUGUCAGUUAAAAGCUCAGUGGUACCAGAUCCAAACAGUGUUGACCAGCUCCUCUCUCACAUCUCUCAUUUAGCUGAGAGCCAAGAUCACAUAGGAGACAAACAAGGAGACUCAGGAUCAACUAGAAAUGCAGAGACAAAAGCACAGAAGAGACAUGACAGAAGCAAAAAUCACACUAGCAAUGAAGACAGCUCUACUACAUUAAAAAUUCACAGUAAUACUUAUAUAGGGAAACGAUGUUUUAAAUGUCACACUUGUGGGAAGUCUUUUAAGUGCAAGUACAAUUUACAAACACAUCUCAGAUUCCAUACAGGGGAGAAGCCGUACCCAUGUAACACUUGUGAGAAAAGAUUCUCUCAGCCGAGCGAUUUAAAACUGCAUAUGAGAGUCCACACAGGGGAGAAGCCGUAUCGCUGCAACACCUGUGGGAAAGGAUUCUGUCGAAUGGCAGACUUGAAAACGCACAUGAGAAUCCACACAGGUGAGAAACCGUACCCUUGCAACAUCUGUUGGAAAAGAUUUAGUGACAGGACGACUGCGAAAAGGCAUAUAAGAACACAUACAGGGGAGAAACCGUACCCAUGUAACACUUGUGGAAAAAGAUUCGGGCGCAUGGCAUACCUGAAAAAUCACAUAAGAGUCCACACAGGUGAGAAGCCGUACCCAUGUGACUCUUGUGAGAAAAGAUUCUCUGAGCUGGGUAUAUUAAAAGUGCAUAUGAAAAUCCACACAGGUGAGAAGCCGUAUAAUUGCGAAACUUGUGGAAAAGAUUUCAGACUUGGACAUCAGUUGAAGAUCCACAUGAGAACGCAUACAGUGGGAAAAGAUUCUGUCAGAUGCCAGACUUGAAAAGGCACAGAGGAAAUCAUCCAGAGGUGAAGCCGAACAUUUUCGAAAAUGCAGGAGAGCUUUUAGACUUUGACUUUAGACAUGAGAAGAACCUACUGCGACACAGAUAUGAAUUGGAAAAGCACAGACUUAGUUGUAGUGAUUCAUGGAUAAAACACACAAGAACACAUAAUAGCAGAACAUAUCAACAAAAAACAAUCCAUAAACAAGACAAACAAUUGAGCUGUAACUUUAACUUUAGGCAAGUGUUCACCAACUGAAGAAAAUACGCUUUUGCAAUAGCUACAUCUUUUUAUAUGAAUGUAAAAUACUCUCCAUGAAGAAGAGGUCACAUUGUUUUUAUGUAAGUUCUACAUUGUCAACGCUACCAAAUUUUGUUGUCUCUUGUUUUUUUUUUCAUGUUACUGUAAUUACUAUAUGUAACUACUAUGUAACUAUUUUGAUGUGAGCAACAGCAUUUAUUUAAAAGUAGGGAUGUCAAUGGUGAACGGCUAAUAAUAUUUUUGACCGGUUUAGCAUGUCGGUCAAUAGGUUAAUUGGCAUACACACUCUGCUAACGGCUAGACAAUUACAUGUUCACAACAUCAGAUAUUCUUUUUCAAUGGAUAAAGUACCGGUAUAAAACUAAUUUCUACACGGAGUGUAUGGGUUGUUUGUAGCAUUAAUGUUGCUAGGCUAGCGAGUGUCUUAAAGUCUGUUUCUAGUGAGUGUGUAGAGUCAGUCAGCUCUAAAAGAGCCUUGUUAGUCCAAUGUAACCUGCAGGAGUUUCUGAAGGCUCGUGUAACGUGUUUUUCUGCCACAGAGGAAAUAAAUUCAUGACGAGUGAAAACAAGUCCAAAGCAUCUUCUGACGUCUCUGCUGCAGAAACGGAAUAUGUCAAGCUGCCAAAUACCAAUGUCAUAGAUGAUAAGGAGCUCAAAACAGGCAGUUGUAUAAAUGCUAACUGCUGGAGAAAAUAAUUUUUGGCUUGGCAGGAAAGCAUGUGAGUAUAUAACUAUACUAUGAUGUAAGUUAUU